AUGGACAAGGGCCUUCCUCCCCGCGACCCGAAGGGCAAGCUACCAGCCCGCGACAGCCACACGGUGAUACCAGGUCCCAGCGGAGACGACCAGAGACCUGCGUUUGACAGACCCACUGAGUUAAGACCCAACCAGUCCUCUAUAGCGUACCUCGACAACGUCACGAGAGCCAUUCAGUUUGAUAUUCAACAAAUGGAUACGAAUUUCUCCACCGCAUUGGAGGACAUUAUUGGAGAAGUCCAGCAGAGCGAGGAGCUCAUGGUCAAGCAGAUGGCAGCCCUUAGCGAUAUCAAUAGCCCUGUUGCCCAGGCAGAGCAGAAGCCGGCGGCCGCUACUCCCGAGGCCAAGCCUCAAGCGCCCAGCUCCACCGAUGUCUUUCAGCAACCCAACUACGUCCCCGUCAACCAGAACCCUCAGGUCACCUUCACGCAGCGCCCACUGGUUGACGCCCCCCAGCACCAGACCACGCAGGUCCAGCAGUCACGACAUAGGUCGCAGGCUCGUCAAUACCCUACUGGUCAGCAAUUCGACGCGCCGUACGCGCCAAUCAACCCGGCACCUGCGCAAGCGCGGCGAGCUCCCCCCGGAGACCCGUCUGACGGAAGCGACAGCGAACCACCACGUAGCUAUCGCAGCCUCUCUCCCCGCAACCUCCGAGGCCGUACCCGCGAGCCGACCACAGAGUCGGUGUGGGACAAGAUCCCCAAACCCACCUCCACGGCCUACCGUAUCAAGAGGGAGGAAGUUGGGAUAUUUAAUCCGGAGGGUGACGAUAUAAACAAGGUCGGCAUGUUAACCGACGGUAAGAACAUUGUCUUUUCUGAUAUAUACGCCUUCGAGCUUCGCGUCUUAUCCUUCCUUGAGAACCCCGAAACCUUCGCGGACGCCGCCAGCCAGAUUGCCGCCUUCUUCCAGACCUUGCUCGGAGGAUCAGCACUGCUAUGGUGGAACUCCGAGAUCACACGGAGGAACGAAAAGCCAUGA